UCUCACAAUGUGAGGAUGCUAUUGCAUCUAAAUUAUUCGGCGAUUUUUCAGAUGGAAAAGGGAUUAAUAGUUUUGCUUCUUUUUUAUGGGAAAUAUCAAUCUCUAAGCCUAGUACAUCUACUAAACCCCUGCCUAUAAGAUUACAAUUGCUGGAGAUAUCUAGUAUAGUUUUAACUG